AUGAUCAAGUCUACUAACGACGGUACUACUAUUUCAGGAACUACAGAAGAUGCUAUUAUCGCAGUACAAGAGAAUAUUAAUGUUGAAGAAGGCACUAUUCCAAAGUUGAGUCCAGAAGAAUUAGCGAUAUGUAAUAGUUUAAGUAAUGCAGAAAAAGUUAUUUUUUUGAAGGAUUAUUUCUUAUUACACCAACUGUCGCAAUAG